UUACGUAAAGGGAAAAAAAUAAGAAGGAAAAAGAUCAUAUUAUUCUCUGAGUCAUUGUGAUGAUUACGAUGAUCCACAAGAACACUGUUUGAGAUUCAGCUGCUGGACAUUUUAGAGUGUGAAUUCGAAUGAAUGGGGAUGGUUUCUGAGAACCCUUUCUCUUUUUCAAGCCGCUCUCCAACUCCCAAGCUCUGCAGCUCCUUCACCACUCGUAUCUUUUCAGAUGUUGCCGGGGACAUUACAAUUGUUGUCGAUGGAGAGUCCUUUUUGCUACAUAAGUUUCCACUGGUGUCUCGAAGUGGAAAGAUUCGGAAAAUGGUUGCAGAUGCCAAGGAUUCAACUGCAAAACUGGAGUUACUCAACAUACCAGGAGGUCCCCUGGCAUUUGAACUUGCAAUGAAAUUCUGUUACGGAAUCAACUUUGAGAUCACAACUGCAAAUGUUGCCCAUCUGCGCUGUGCUGCAGAAUACUUGGAAAUGACUGAAGACUACAGGGAUGAAAACCUUAUUGCACGAACGGAGACUUAUCUGGAUGAGGUUGUAGUUCAGAGUCUUGAAAAGUCAGUGGAAGUCCUUUCCACCUGCGAGACACUACCUUCUAUUGCAGAGGAGGUCGGGAUUCCAAGCAGAUGUGUGGAGGCUAUUGCCAUGAAUGCUUGCAAGGAGCAACUAGUAUCAGGGUUGUCUAUGUUGAAUUGUGAUGGUGAGUCCACAGAGCUUAAAAGUGGUUGUCUUGAGUGGUGGGUUGAAGAUCUAUCACUCCUAAGGAUUGAUUAUUAUCAAAGGGUUAUAUGUGCCAUGACAAGACUAGGUGUUCGACCCGAUAGCAUUUUUGCAUCUUUGAUGCAUUUUGCUCAGGCAUCCUUAAAGGGUAUUGCGAAAUGUCAAACUUGGAAUCCAGGAAAGUUGAAGUCAAAUACUGGCAUGGCAGAACACGACCAGAAGACUGUUGUGGAAGCCCUUGUAAGCUUAAUGCCAACAGAGAAAAGUUGUUCGGUGCCACUGAGUUUUAUGUUUGGAAUGCUGAGAAUGGCAAUUAUGGUAGAUGCUACAAUAGCCUGCAGGCUUGAGCUUGAAAGGAGGAUUGCUUUUAGGCUGGAAAUGGUUUCACUCGAUGAUCUCCUUAUACCAUCAAUCCAAGCAGGGGGAUCAUUGUAUGAUGUUGAUACUGUUCAUCGAAUACUGGUGAAUUUUCUGCAGCGAAUUGAAGAAGAAGAAAGUGAAGAUUGUGGAUAUGAGUCUGAAGGCCUCGGUUCUCCAAGUCAUGAUUCAUUGUUAAAAGUUGGUAGGCUUAUUGACACAUAUCUAGCUGAAAUUGCUCCUGAUCCAUACCUGAGUUCACAAAAAUUCAUUGCUAUGAUUGAAAUACUGCCUGACUAUGCUCGUGUCAUCGAUGACGGGCUUUACAGGGCGGUUGACAUAUAUUUGAAGGUUCAUUCAAUGCUAACUGAACAAGAAUGCAAGAAGCUCUGCAAGUUCAUUGACUGCCAAAAGCUCUCUCAAGAAGCCUGCAAUCACGCUGCACAAAAUGAUCGACUUCCAGUACAGAUGACAGUUCGAGUUCUGUAUUUUGAGCAGCUCCGUCUGAAAAAUGCAUUGUCCGGAAGCUCAGGAGAUGGGCUGCUCUCGCAGAGAAUAAGCAGCGGUGUACCUAGUGCAGCCAUGUCCCCUCGAGAUAAUUAUGCUUCACUAAGGAGAGAAAACCGAGAGCUGAAACUGGAGAUUUCAAGAAUGAGAGUGAGGCUGAGUGAGUUGGAGAAAGAGCAGUUGUUCAUGAAACAAGGAAUGAUGGAUAAAACAGGAAAUGGAAAAACUUUCUUGACCUCACUCUCUAAAGGGAUUGGAAGGAUUGGAAUUUUUAGUGGCCAAGCAGGAGGUAAACCAAAGAAAUCAGGUAGGAAGUCCCGGGGCUCCGAGGGGAAAACCGGUAGGAGUAGGAGAUAUUCCGUUUCCUAGGUAGCAUAGAAGGUUUAGGAGUUCAUGUUCAUCAUCAUUGAGGCACAGGCACCUAUAAUGGGGGCCAUGACACUAUCCUUAUGAGCAUAAAGUCCAGGUGACCCUGGUGGUUGAGCUACACAACGUCUGAAUUCUAAGGGAGCCUGUAGUUUGUACCACAUUUACAAAGAGUAGGGCUUAGAUGUAUCCCACCUCAUGUGGUCUAAAUGUUGUACAAGUAGUUUAUUGAUCUUUGAAAUAUCAAUUAGGAAUUACCUUAUUUUCUUUCUCUCAA